CACAGAGCUAUCAGCUGACUGAGGGCUGCAGUAGAAAGUGGAGAUAUGCGGCGGUAAAGUUCUGUUUUGACAUGUCAAUCCGUCUUUUAACUUUUGUCCGUCUGCAGUGAGGGAAAACUGAGGAAUGUUAAAAGGAAGUAGAGGAACCCGCUGGGAUCUGGACACAGUCAGACGAGGGUGGAAGAAGUUGUUUCUCAGCAGAGAGUGAGACAUGGGCACUGAGUACCAGCCACUGUCUCCUGCAGACUCAUGCAGAAGUUUGUUUAUAGAGACAUCAGAGUGCUUUAUAUGCAGGGAUGGUGAACUUAAAGCCAGUGACCCGCUGAGGAAUUUCUGUGACUGCAAGAAUUUACUUGCCCAUCACGUGUGCCUGUCCACAUGGAUCCAGAGGGGAUGUGGGAGUGAAGACAGGCUGCGGUGCAUCAUCUGCAAGGCCAAGUACCAGCUGCAGAGGCGUUCUCCGUGGUGGUCGGUGAGCCUCCAGUGGCAGACGUGGCUUGUGCUGAUCACGGCGAGCGUUUUGAUGGGUCUGAUGCCCUACGCUGUUUACUGCAUGAUGACGGCCUUCACCAACCCGCCUCCUCCCAGCACCUUUAAAGUGGCAGCACUUUCUUUCGGUAUACUGACGGAGCUCCUGCUCAUCAAGUGUCUGUGGAGCUACCUCAGCAGUCGGUACCGGCAGGCUGAGCAGAACUCCUUCGUAGUCCAGCCCAGAGGCUCGACGGCAGACAGAAGCAGCCCGGGCCGCUGGGAUCGGUCUGAGGCUGCCUCGGCAGGUCACGCUUCAUCAGCAGCCUCACCCACUCAAGUGGAGGAGAGGAAAGUGGAUGUGUUGAAGAGUGGAUGCCUCAGCCUUUUCUGAACCAACAACAGAAGGAGUUUACAGAUUACAGGGUGAGAGCAAAUCCUUGGGGAAUUAGAUGUGUCUGAGAGCCAUUGAAGCUAUCACAUCAGUAUAUCAGUGUGGCAUUUAUAAGAACUUACACUUUAAAACCUAUUUUUGAAGUGUCAAAUAUUCUUGUUUUCCUUACACUCUCACUCGUUUCAGUGGAUAAAUUCACACAUGUUGCAAAUUGAUAACAAGGAAGAGAAUGCACGCAGGCGGCAUGAGUAUAUUCAGGCUCAGAGAGGGAAAAAAAAAGCCUGAAAUCACUCCCUUUCCUUAAUGAUGCCCACACAGAGACAAUGGGGCGCCGCUCUGAUUAGUGUCACCUGUCCUUGUGCAUCUCAUCAGCUCCAUUAUGGCUCCAUCUCCCAUGCUUCUUCUGCUAAUUGAAUAGCCUGUGAAGUGGUGACGAGGACGGGGGCGAGAGCAACGUCUGUCCCGCUGCUGCUUCAGAAAUGAGACUAAAGCUUCCCAGAGAGACACUAGUUCUUAAAACAUAAACCAUUAUCAUACAGACAGAAAACGUGCUAACAAGUAGCCCUCAUGUUAUAUUACCAUCACACGUUAUUUUCAUGUGUAACUGUUUGGAAUUAGCAAUUAAUAAGAGCUGGAUGAGAGGAAUGAUAAUCAAACAUGUCUGUUUAUUAAAUACAGAGGUGGGAAGUAAUGAAGUACAAUUACUUUGUUACUUUACUUCAGUAGCAUUUUCAAGUAUCUGUACUUGAGUUGAGCAUUUAUUUUUGCUCCCUGCAUUUUGCACAAAUAUCUGUAAUUUUUACUGCUUACAUUUUCAAAACAGGUUCAUUUAAGA